AGCGAAGGAGGUAGAAGAGUAGUGUGAGGAUGAAGAGAGCGACCCUUUUCCUUUCUCCUUUCAUUAUCCUCUCUCCCUCUCUCUCUGCCUUGUCUCAUCCCCAACACUGUCCCUUCCUCUAAGAUUCCAAUUUCCAGCACCAAGAUCAAGAUCAAUUCACCGGAAAGUGAUGUUUCCAACCCUCAUCUUAAGAUCAAAGAGUAUGAAAAAAUAGGGGUUGUUGGAAACAAACCUAAAAAAAAUAAAUCAAAUCAUUCAAUCAAAGAGGAUUUCGUUUAUCCACAAAUUCAUGUCACAAAGCUUCCAACAAAGCGUCUACACCUUCCCGAAUGCAGCCGCGAGCGAGUGGGUGUUAAGAGAGCAAGGCGGCUUCGAUGCCCCGCCGCCGCCGCCGUUCGACGCCGGAGGUAUGCUCACGGAGAUCAUAAACCGGCGCCACGGCGAUCAGAUCCAGAAACAGCAGCUCGAUAACGAGCAGCUCUCUUUCAUGAAUCAUCCACAAGCUGCUAAAGCCGCGGCGGCGGCUUCAUCUACUCUGGAAGGGUUUCACUUAAUUAGCCCUAUUAAUCCCCCUUCCGACAUGCCGCCGCCGCCUCAGAUGAGCUGGAUCCCGAGCAGCAGCGGCGGCCGGGGACACGAGGCGGCGGCGAGGGUGCUGGAGGGGCAAGGCCUUUCUCUAUCUCUCUCCUCUCUAGAAGGCAACAAAUUUGAGAAAAUGAAUGUGGGAAACGGCGAAUUAUACUUCCAUGGAAGCAAUCCAUAUGUGAUUGGAGAUGUCGCGACAAAUCCGAUGCUGUUUGGGUCGCCGAGGUUGGCGUCGGAGCACGAAAACCAGAAUCUUCACUUUGGCUAUGUUGAAUCUACAAGAAGCACGAAUUGUGUGAGGAAUUCGCGGUAUUUGAAGGCGGCACAGGAAUUGCUAAUGGAAUUUUGCUGUGUGGGAAGAGGGAAUAAUCAAAUUGUGAAGAAACAAGAUAGAAACCCUAAUUCAGACAACGGUGGCGGUUUGUCUUCUUCAAAGGACCACUACACCUUAUCCCCUUCUGAGAGAACUGAAUACCAGAGAAGAAAAUUCAGGCUUCUCUCCAUGCUUGAUGAGGUGGAGGGGAGGUACAUGAGGUACUGCGAGCAGAUGCAGGCGGUGGUGAACUCGUUCGACGCGGUGAUGGGGCAAGGGGCGGCGGCGCCGUACACGGGGCUGGCGAGGGUGGCGAUGUCGCAGCAUUUCCGGAGCAUGAAGGACGCGGUGGCGCGGGAGAUGAAGGCGUGCUGCGAGGCGCUGGGGGAGAAGGAGGUGCAAGGGGGGAUCACCAAGGGGGAGACGCCGCGGCUCAAAGUGGUGGAGCAGAAAUACCGGCAGCACAAGGCGCUGCAGCAUAUGGGGAUCAUGGAUCCCGAGUCGUGGCGGCCCCAGCGAGGCCUGCCGGAGCGCUCUGUCACCAUCUUGAGGGCCUGGCUCUUCGAGCAUUUCCUCCAUCCCUAUCCAAGUGAAGCAGACAAACAUUUGCUGUCGCGACAGACAGGUUUAUCAAAAAAUCAGGUAUCAAAUUGGUUUAUAAAUGCUAGGGUUCGACUUUGGAAGCCCAUGGUUGAAGAAAUGUACCAACAAGAAUUCCAAGAAGCUUCAGCUGCAGAUAAAGAUAAGGAUGACCAACCCACUUCCGAAACCGACGCCCCGAAAACGGACCCUUCAGAAACCCGGCAGCCGGCGGAAGAUAUGAUGGUGCCGACCGAGUAUCGGUGUUUCAUGGAGAAUCCUGAGAUGGGGUUGGAGUCGGAGUUCAGCGGUGGGAGUGCGGGGACGCAGGCGGCCGGAGAAGUUUCGCUUACGUUGGGACUGCGGCGGUCGGAAAAUGUGCCGAUUAAUAUGAGCCAUCUCUCAGUUAGGGACUUUGAAGCUUAUUAAUUAUUGAGUUAUUGAAAAGCAUAUAUCGGCAUUUUAUUAUUAUUAUUAUUAUUACUCUAUGUGACAUUAUUGUUUCUAUCAAAAGUACAAAGUGCGUGUAAUAAGUAGUAAUGUAAUUGUAUAGAUCCAGUACGUUAGAUGAAAUGAUUUUGCCUAUUAUAUA